UCCUCCUCCUCCUGGCUGCCGGUCUUUGUGUGACAAAGGAGGCGAAGGCGGCACCAUGUGAAGGAAGGGCCGCCGAGCCCCCACCGCUCUUCCUUCCUCUUCCUCUUCCUCUUCCUCUUCUCCUUCCCUCCAGGAGGAAGAUGCUGAGCCGGCUGAUGAGCGGCAGCAGCAGGAGCCUGGAGCGCGACUACUGCUGCACCGUCCGCCUCCUGGACGACAGCGAGUACAACUGCACCAUCCAGCGAGAUGCCAAAGGCCAGUAUCUAUUUGACCUCCUUUGCCAUCACUUAAACCUCCUGGAGAAAGACUACUUUGGGAUCCGCUUUGUAGACCCAGACAAGCAGAGGCACUGGUUGGAAUUCACAAAGUCCAUUGUGAAGCAGAUGCGAUCGCAGCCUCCCUUCACCAUGUGCUUCCGGGUGAAGUUCUACCCGACUGACCCGGCUGCUCUGAAAGAGGAGAUCACCAGGUAUCUUGUCUUCUUGCAGAUCAAGAGAGACCUCUAUCAUGGCCGCCUCCUGUGCAAGACGUCUGACGCUGCUCUCUUAGCUGCCUAUAUCCUUCAGGCGGAGAUUGGUGACUAUGACCCCGGGAAGCACCCUGAGGGUUACAGCUCCAAGUUCCAGUUUUUCCCCAAACAUUCAGAAAAGCUGGAAAGGAAGAUUGCAGAGAUCCACAAAAUUGAGCUCAGUGGCCAGACACCAGCAAUGUCAGAACUAAACUUUCUGAGGAAAGCCCAGACCUUGGAGACGUAUGGCGUUGACCCACAUCCAUGCAAGGAUGUGUCGGGGAACGCAGCCUUCCUGGCCUUCACCCCCUUUGGGUUUGUCGUCCUGCAAGGGAACAAGCGAGUCCACUUCAUCAAAUGGAAUGAAGUGGCAAAACUGAAAUUCGAAGGCAAGACAUUCUAUUUAUACGUAAGUCAGAAAGAGGAGAAGAAAAUUGUUCUGACGUAUUUUGCUCCAACUCCUGAAGCCUGCAAGCACCUCUGGAAAUGUGGGAUUGAGAACCAAGCCUUCUAUAAACUAGAAAAGUCCAGCCAAGUUCGCACAGUGUCCAGCAGCAACUUAUUUUUCAAAGGGAGUCGGUUCCGAUACAGUGGCCGCGUUGCAAAGGAAGUGAUGGAAUCGAGCGCCAAGAUCAAGAGGGAACCUCCAGAAAUACACAGGGCUGGACUGGUUCCUAGCCGCAGCUGUCCUUCCAUUACUCAUGGGCCACGGCUAAGCAGCGUCCCCAGAACCCGAAGGAGAGCUGUGCACAUCUCCAUCAUGGAAGGCCUGGAGUCCCUGCGGGACAGCGCCCACUCCACUCCGGUGCGGUCGGCUUCCCACGGCGAUGCCUUCCUGCCGCACACGCGGUCCAUCCGGGCCGAGAGCACGGAGCGCGUGACCAUCAUCUCGGACGAGAUUUACAGCCCUUCGGACAGUGUGCUCCCGACGCCGGUGGCGGAGCACAGCCUGGAGCUAAUGCUGCUCUCACGGCAGAUCAACGGGGCGCCAUGCAGCAUCGAGGAGGAGAAGGAGUCGGAAGCCAACACGCCGACAGCGGCAGCGGCGGAGGCCGCAGAGCUGGGAGGGGAGCUCCGGGCCUUGUGCCCAGGGACCGGCCGCAGUGGCGGAGCGCAAGCAGAACAGGUGAAUAAGUUUGUUUUAAGUGUCCUCCGUUUGCUCCUUGUGACCGUCGGGCUCCUCUUUGUUUUGCUCCUUCUCCUGAUCGUCCUUACUGAGUCUGACCUUGACAUUGCCUUUUUCCGUGAUAUUCGCCAGACCCCCGAAUUUGAACAGUUCCAUUAUCAAUACUUUUGUCCCCUCAGGCGAUGGUUUGCCUGCAAAAUCCGCUCCGUGUUCAGCCUGCUCAUUGACACCUGAAGGCAGGACUCCUCCUAGUAUCUAGCCAGGUGGAUUGUGGAAGAUCCCUGCUACUACCCGUUCCCAGAAAAUAAUGGGAAACAUCGCAGCACCAUCGGCACAUAAAACUAAGUCCUCCUCCUCCUCCUCCUUUCAUGACUCAAAGUACACUGCAACCUAGGAGAGUUGUUUCCAAGCAGAAGAAAGGGAGAUAGACUCAUGCCAGAUCCAAACACACCCACCAUUUCUUUACAGGUCUCCUUCCUGGACGUUCCCACAACAGGUCUGCUUUCCAACUUUUAAAUUGUUCUGCACUCUUCUUCAAGCUUCGUUUCAGCUUUCAUAGAGGUGUUCCCUUCAAAAACUUCAAGCAAAGAGUUUUAUUUUAUUACUAUUGUUACUGCAUUGCCUCCAGCUGGGAUACUACUAGUUCAAGAAGAUAGCUAUUACUUUAUGCAGGAGCUUUUGUAAUGGUGCUACUGAGUUGUAAUUUUAAUAUUAUGGUAUUAUUAUUAUUAUUAUUAUUGUUUUAUUAAAACUGCCACUGUGCAUAGCACAAAUGACUUAAACACAGUCAUUUGGAAAUCUGGUGAUUUGCUAUCUUUCCCCAUCCUUCUCUUGGUUUAAUUUGGCACGCAAGAGGGGAAGGAAUAGGGACUUGGCACAGAGCAACAACCGCCCAGCAUUUCCAUUUAUUUUCAAGCAAUAGGCAAGCAUGAGAUGGAGUCGCCAGUUGGUUGUAAAUCUGUCUUUCCUCUUCGACUCCGAGACCCCAUCCCUUUUUCUUUUCUCUGUGAAAUUCAGCCUCCUACUAUUAGGAUUCCAGAUGCAAAACUCUUCUUGGUUCCAUCCCCAAAUAACACAACCGUUAGCACCCAGGCUGUGUAAAUAUCUGUCACUGAUUUAUAUUUGACCAAGCCUCGCUGUAUAUGUAGUAGCGAUCGUCUGGAUUUCUUUUGGAAGACAAUUUGCCUCAGAAAGCUGUGCUGUUUUUCUACUACAAAAGAACUUGUUUCAACCUAUAUUUUAAGAACAAAAUGCUAUUUUGUUAUUUUUUUAACUUUAUGAAUUGAGUAACUUAUGGGGUGGUUGCGAAGCGGUGGGAAAGGAAAAGACGGUGAAUAUGCUUUUUUAGAGCGGCCUUUGGGCGUCCUGCUAACCCAUUUAUAAAUUGUGUGGGGAAGAAAACAGUUCUCUUGUGCCAUUUAAAAUGAAACGGGGAAGAGGAACUGUAGGAGUUGAGAGGCAAUACUGAAACGGGAACAAGUUUAACACAAUCUGACCGACACUGUCUCCAAACUAAGGGAGUUCAGAAAGACCCUCCUUUUCUCUUGUGAUGUGGUUCAUAUUACCUAAGAGUCUGCCCAGGAGCGGCUCGUUCGUAAAGGGAGCAAUAAAAAGGGCGAGGAAGGACAGUGCCAGGCGCGCAGGGCAAGAGGAUGAAACCAGACUGGCCAGCGUUUUAUUUCAUCUCAGGGAGAGAUUUCAAGUCAUCUGGGAAUCUAAUCAGAAAUAUUUCUAGAGGCUGGUUUCAUGCCCUUGUCUCUGACCAUGCUACUAUAAUUUCAGCAUGCGCACAUGCCCUCCGGGUUCACGCAGGACCGAAGCACUGCCAGGACGGAUGGGUGCGUAGGGGGCAUGUCAGUCUCAAGCACUGAUUUCCUUUCCGGGUUCAGAUACUCUGCCCUGAGUCGGCCAUGUACCGUUUGGGGAAAAAAGAGCACAAUAACCAAUAUUAGCAAUACAGUUGAGUAUUGGCAAAGAACGAACUGCUACGCUCAGACUGGGGAGUGUGUGGCAUGUAUACACAUGCGCACACAUACGUUGUACCUUAGAAAGGAUUCUGUGACAUUUGCACACACGCUGGAAGUGCUUACAGGUGUCUCAACGGCAUUAACUGCAACUGCCAGACAGUAAAAUCAUUAAGUCAAGAGAUUUUUUUGGCUUUCACUUUAACUUUUACAGGUUAACGUUAAACUUCUGAAUGCCUGCCAGAAGAUUAAGGGAUAGGUUUUACAAGGACAUACACUGUUUUAUGCAACACAGCGACAAAGUUAAACUUCUAGUGUAGUGUUCCUACCUCAGUCUGUAGUAAACGAUGCUUCUAUGCAGUGAGUGAAAAGUCUUAAUUUAAUAUCCUCCAUCCCAGGUAACGACACAGUACUUCAUGUUUUAAUUGUUGGUGUUGUUGACUAUGGCUACAAACCUGCCCCCAUCCUAUUUGUAACCAUUUUGUACAAUAAACAUCUUUCCUUUGGGAAAAGAGGGACCUAUAUCAAUGCUGACAAUGGUGGCGAAUCAGUUUCAGACUGUGGUUGACCUUUUAGGUACCCAGCCCGACCCUGGAGGACGUCCUCCGAGGUGCCCGGCCCGUGUCCCAAGCCUCUCAGUGACCAGCCCCCUGCUUUGGCCAAACGGCGUUUCCCGUCUGGCCAGCCCAGCGGGGAAAGCGGGUUCCCUAUUUUGCCCCAUGUUGUUCGUCAUGUUUCACUACUCAGUUGUUCCAAGUCUUCUUUGUAUAAACUGUGGUGAUUUUCAUAGGUUGCUGUAUCAGAGGAAACAAACUCGUAAUAAGGACUAGUAGAAGGUAAAUUACCUGAAAAUGUGAACUUUAGUUUUCUUAAUAUAGGUGUUAACCUUUCAUGUGCCAAAUGCUGUAUGUUACAUCCCCCCCCUCAAAACAAUGUUCCUUUUUCUACAUAUUCAACCUGUAGUUAGUACAAAAUCAUU